AUUGCCGCCAAAUAUAAAUAGUUCAAAUCAUUAACUAAAUUUCUACCGAAUUUAAAAUUUUUUGCUGUCUAAAAGCUAUGCAUAGCUACAAUCGCAAUAUAUGUUAAAGCCUCAUAUUAUUGUGGUAUUCGACUGUCUUGGAAUAAACAGUAUUAAUCGUCAAGAAAACUCGGACAAUCUGUAAAAAAAUAUGCAAAAAUACAAGAAACCACUCUAAAAGAAAAAAUGAAAAUUUAAAUAUUAAUUUAGUUAAUAAUGUUCAUUCGAAUCUACAAAUUCUAAUUUAGAAUAUUUUUGCGAAAUACCUUUGUCGUGUGGCAAACGCCUUUUUUUCCAGUGACCAUUAAUCACGGAAUGUCGCAAGAUGGUCCCAUUGUUUUCGUGGAUGUAGCUACUGAAUACAAAAAUGUAUAUACACCCGAAGAACCUGUUACGGAAACAGUAGCCGUCCAGAACAACACCAAUACGAGUAGCAUCCAGAAUUUCAAGUGUAAUGAGUGCAAUAGAACCGUAGACAGUGAAGAGAAAUUAAGUCAACACAUACGGAGGGCACACCGUGGAGAAAAUGCUUUUCAAUGCUCGAUGUGUCAAUACUCGACAUACAAUAAAAGUGGAUUCGAAGAACACGUUAGGAUACAUCAAGGUAUAAAACCAUUUAAAUGCUCCUACUGCCCUUAUAGGAGCGUUUCGAAGAAAUACGCCAAGAAGCACGAACUGAUCCACCGGCCCGACAACCCGUUGAGAUGUCAGCACUGUCCUUACAUAGCGCGGAACUAUCGCAUGUUGAAUUCCCACCAGAAGAAGUUGCACGGCAACGAGAAACAACGGGUUAUCAUCGCGUGCACGUUGUGCGGGAAGAAAUUCGACGAUAUGAACGUUUAUUUCGCUCACAAGAAACGCAGGAAGCAGUGUGAUGAGUGCGGUCUAGAGGUUUGUCAUCAGGCGAUGAACAGGCACAAACACGAGAAACACGGCAUGAAAAGAAAAGUUCGCGGGAAAGACGUUUUCACAUGUAAAAUAUGCGAAUGGUCUUCGGUAAAUAAAGUUAAGGUUUUGUUGCACAUCAUUCAUCACCCCGAACAGGAUUUGAGCGAUUGCAGUUUCGAUUUGAGCGUUCUGAAGAAAUGUCAAAUUUUGCCGCCAUAACGUCGUGGAGAGAAUUAA